UUGCAUCAAGGUCAAACGGGUCUUCCGAGCGUGUGGUGUGUGCGCACGAAUCAACUUCUGCGCAGCACUCACCGUCAUUAACGUUUUUUUUGCCUUGUUUUUUUACUCUUUCACGGUGUUAAAGCUCAAAAAGUGGUUGCUUCCUGGUUACAUCUUAAGCCAACAAACUGUUGAACGUAGAGGAAAAAUAGCCACGCAACAUUAUCAUGGAGAAUUAUUUACCGUUUCUUGUUAACAACUGGCGAACUGUCGGGUUGAUUGGUGUCAGUUUAGCGGCAGGAGUUGCGUUGGGACAACUUCAUCAAACGAGCGGGCAGACGGCAAACAAAAACCAUGAAUCCUGGAAGAAAUCAACUACAGAAGAGAUUGAGCAAACAAAAGGGCAAUCAACAAUUGAAAACGAAAACGAGCAAGUGGACGAAGAUCAUCAGACUGCCGACAGUGAAGAUGCCAAACAAAUCUUGUUCAAGUAUAAGAAACCAAGUGAAGCUGAUUCUAUUAAACAGUCUGAAGCAUUUUACUGUCGAAUGAAUCAGCGCCGAUCCGUCCGCUGCAUUAGCUCAGACCCAGUUGCUUUGGAAGUAAUUGAGAACAUCAUAAAAACUGGCACAUCACCAAGUGGAGCUCACACAGAGCCAUGGACGUUUGUCGUAGUCGGCAACCCAGAAAUAAAACAACAAAUUCGACAAAUAAUUGAGACAGAGGAAGAGAUUAAUUACCAGCAGCGGAUGGGCGAUGUCUGGGUUCAAGAUCUGCAGCCGGUUGGAACAACCUGGGUGAAAGAAUACCUAACCGAAGCUCCUUGGCUCAUAUUAAUUUUCAAACAAGUUUACGGCUUUAAGAAAAACGGACAAAGGAAGAUCCAUUACUACAAUGAAAUCAGCGUUUCAAUAGCUACCGGUUUCUUAUUGGCUGCUAUUCAGGAAGCAGGGUUGGUGACAGUUACGACAACACCGCUCAAUUGUGGACCAAGUAUUCGAGUACUACUGAAUCGCCCAGUGAACGAAAAACUGCUUUUGUUGCUUCCUGUUGGAUAUCCAAAAGUUGAAGCUACAGUGCCCGAUUUCAAGCGAAAACCACUUCACGAGAUUAUGGUCCUCUGCCAGUGAUUCGAUGUAUCCUUUCUUUGAAGAUCAGCAAAUAUGUAUUACUUCUCCACAAACACUUAUCAUUUUGAGAAAUACACUGGCUCAUUAAGGAGCUUGCUGCCCGGA